UUUUGAUAAAAUGGUUUUGCAUAUUUUUUUCUGUAUAAAAAAAUGGAUGAUUGUUGUUCAUACCAGCUUAUUGUUUAUAACAAUAACCAAUGCAUAUCCGGCAUCAAUUCCUGUAACACGUGAUAAUCAUAGAGCUCUAGUUGAUUCUCAAGGGUCGGAUCAAAAAACAUGUUCAAUUAAUGAUCCUACUUUGUCCAUUCAUCCAAGUUUAUUAACAAGUACUGGCACAGGAUUUGCAGAUUGUUUACCAGGAAGGAAUUGCUUGUUUGUUUGUAAAAGUGGAUAUUUAUCAACUCAAUAUGAUGCAUCUUAUUAUCCUGAAUUUGAGGGAACUUCGGUUGGCAACGUUCUUUGUACUUCACAAGGUACUCUUCAGAUAGCUGCAGGCGGUUCUCUUUGUGCUCUUUCAACUAAAAAUCUAUAUCUAACUAGUCUUCUUGAUUAUUCAGUAUCUUUUUGUCAAAAGAUUUCAGUUAAAGAUGGCCUUUUCUUUGCACCUAAUUCUCUCCAAUCAAAAUCAGUUUCUUUUUUAGCAGUUUCUGGUCAAUCUCAUCAAUCAUCUCUUUAUUACUUCAAUCCUCUAGGAACAGAUUCUACCUAUGAAUGCCCGAUUACUGUGGGGUCAUCAUCACCAUAUAUAUUAGAAAUUAAAGAUAUAAAUGGUGAAGUUCAUAUUAGUCUUGGAUGGAAUCCUUUUUAUAUAAGUAAUGAGGAAUAUAAACGACCUCCUAAUUGGGGUUUAAGAGUAUUAUGUCAAGGUGUUGAUUGUGAUCGGCCUUGCUUUAUUGAUCCUACUAAACAUGGGAUUAAUGAAUGUGAGAAUUGUGAAAAAGGUUCUCAUGGUUCUUCUUUUUGUACAGUAAAAGUAUCAGGAAGUAAAGAAGCAAUAGUAUUUUUGUUUUCAACUGAUGGUGAUCAAAAAACUUAUUCAUAUGAUGAUUUUUCUUCUUUCACUACUACUCGUGAAGUUACUUUAAGGGAGAGUCAAGGUUAUAGAUAUGAUAGUUCAAGAGAUUCUGGUAAAUCAAUAUAUACAGAAAAAGGGAGAUAUCAUAGAACAAAUCUUGGUGAUUUGAAAGAAGAAGAGGAUCAAUUGACGCAAGAAGAGAAAGAUCUUAUAGAACGUCUUCAAAAAACUCAACAACAAAGUAAAUUAUUUGGCGAUCAAAAUAAACAACCUGAAGAAAAGGCCGAUCCAGAACAUCAUUCCGGUAAUCUAGGAGUUACAGUUGUAGAUUCAACAAAAGAGUCUGCACAACAUCAAACUCAAAGUCAAUUAAAAGGUUCUUCUGAUGAUGUUAAUAAUCAACACUUAGAUCUUGUCUAUCUAAAGGAUACUGAAAAAGAAAAUAACGGUCAUUUAGAUGAUUUCAAAGGAUUUGUCACUGGAAAAACUAUUACUUCUCAAAAAGAUUCUCAUAAAGACAUCGAUACUGCAAAUAAAGCUACCACUUCCUUAUAUUCAGCAAAUGAUUCACAUAGAACUGACAAAUGCAAAUCAUUAAUUGACUCAAUCGUUGAUUCUGUACAGGAAUUAUGUCUAUUACUCAAAUCCAAAGAUUCUGACCCCAAUUCUUCAAAAAAACAACAGAACCCUCAAUUAGACGUUAUCUCUCCUGCUCCUGACUCCAUCAAGCAGGAAAAUAGUGCUAUUCAUCUCUUAAAACCUCGUGCAAAUUGGAUAUUAAUAUUCUUAGGAUUCGCUAUCCUUCUAUAACUAUAUUAAUCUUUCUAUUGCACUUUCUUCUAAAUUUCUUGUAUAU